AUGGCUGACCGCGUCGACAUGGCGGCGCUGACCGCGGACCAGCAGCUCGCCCUCGAGCAAUUCACGGCCGUCACCGACCAGGACCCGACCGACGCCGUCACGCUCCUCGGUCGAUGCCAGUGGAACGUCCAAAUCGCCAUUGCGCGCUUCUUCGACGGCGAGCCAGCCGAGGAUCCCGUCGCCGUCGCACCGCAAGACGCACGGCGGCAGGAGACGCUCAUGGCGGGCUUCGGCAGCCCGAGGUCCUCGACGUCCAGCGCGCGAGGGGUGAGGGUGGAGCCUGCGCCCCGCGUCGUGCCCCAGCCCGAGUCCCAGGUCCACACCCAGGCGCCGCUCGUCCUCAGCCUCCUCUGGGCGCCCGUCGGCCUGCUGUGCUCGCUGCUGGCCCGCUACUUCCGCUUCGUCGGCUACCUGUUCCCCUUCCUCCCGCGCGCCUGGGGCCGCCUCUCCGCCUCCAACGUCGGCAGCCCGCCCUCGCGCCGCUCCGCAGGCCGGCGGCCCCUCAACCCCCGCGACACCGCAGCCCGCUUCGUGCGCGAGCUCGAGGAGGAGUACGGCGCCAACACGCUGCCCUUCCACGACGGCGGCUAUGCCUCGGCCUUUGACCUCGCCAAGAAGGAGGUCAAGUUCCUGCUCGUCGUCCUCGUCUCGCCUGAACACGACCUCACCGCCUCGUUCGUCCGGGACACGCUGCUCGACCCCUCGGUCCUCGGCUUCGUCCGCGACCCCUCCAACCACAUCCUCCUCUGGGCCGGCAGCGUGUCCGACAGCGAAGCCUACAGCGUCUCCUCCGCCCUCAACUGCACAAAGUUCCCCUUCUCCGCCCUCAUCGUCCACACCCCCUCCGUCUCCUCCUCGGCCAUGGGCAUCGCCGCCCGCAUCGCCGGCCCAACCCCGCCCGCCGCCUACAUCGCCAAGCUCAAAGCCGCCAUGGCCACGCACGCCGAAGCCCUGACCCGCGUGCGCGCCCAGCGCGCCGAGCAGAACGCAACGCGCACCAUCCGCUCCCAGCAGGACAGCGCGUACGAGCGCUCCCUCGCCACCGACCGCGAGCGCGCCCGCCAGAAGAAAGCCGCUGCCGAGCAAGCCGCUGCCGCCGAGCAAGCCGCUCUCGACGCCGAACAGGCCGCAGCCCGCCACGCGCACAACCUCGCACAGUGGCGCCGCUGGCGCGCCUCGACCCUGCCCCCCGAGCCCCCACCCGCCGACAGAUCCACCGUCCGCAUCUCCCUGCGCAUGCCCAACGCCGACCGCAUCGUGCGCUCCUUCGCCGCCACCGCCACCAUCGAAGACCUGUACGCCUUCGUCGAGUGCUACCACGCCCUGCAAGAGCUGCCCGCCUCCAGCCCCACCCACCACCACGUCCAGCCACCACCACCCGACUUUGUCCACGCCUACGCCUUCCAGCUCGUCUCGCCCAUGCCGCGCAAGGUCUACGCGCUAGCCGACGGCGGCCUGCUGGGGGAGCGUGUCGGGCGGACCGCGAACCUGAUCGUGGAGCGCGUCGGCGGCGAGCUGGAUUCCGACGACGACGCCGACGCCGAGUAG